GGGAUUUGUUGUUCUCAGCGGGGUUGCCCAGGUUUGAGGAUAGGGAGCGAUGCUCCGAAUAAGACUACAGUUCCCGGCAAGCAGAGUGAGACGGUUGAUCGCCGCACGGAGUGGGUUGACCUCAACAUGGCUUCAUCUGAUCGUACAUGCUGAUGAACUGAAAGCAGCUUCUCUGUAAGUUACCAUGGUCACGAAAGCAUCCUUGGAUGAAGACGAUGUUGGCUGGGGGCUUGGCAUCUCAGAAAAGAUGGAAAAAAGUAAUGCAAACUGGGUAGACAUUACUAAGGAAUUCAAAGAUUGUUGUAAAGAACUUAAGCUGGGUGAAUUACUUCAUGACAAACUCUUCGGCCUAUUUGAAGCUAUGUCAGCAAUUGAGAUGAUGGACCCAAAGAUGGAUGCGGGAAUGAUCGGUAACCAAGUGAAUCGCAAGGUGUUCAACUUUGAGCAGGCAGUCAAGGAUGGAACGAUUACAAUCAAGGGUCUGACCUUGCCUGAACUUAUAGGUAUAAUAGACACAUGCUUCUGUUGCUUGAUAACCUGGCUAGAAGGACAUUCUUUGGCCCAGACAGUUUUCACGUGCCUUUAUGUUCAUAAUCCAGACUUAAUUGAGGAUUCUGCAAUGAAAGCUUUUGCCCUUGGCAUUUUAAAGAUCUGUGACAUUGCCAGAGAAAAGGUUAACAAAGCAGCUGUUUUCGAAGAGGAGGAUUUUCAGUCAAUGACUUAUGGUUUUAAAAUGGCCAAUAAUGUCACAGAUCUGAGGGUUACAGGCAUGUUGAAAGAUGUAGAAGAUGAUUUGCAAAGAAGAGUAAAGAGCACUAGGAGUCGACAAGGGGAAGAGCGUAAUCCAGAGGUUGAACUUGAACAUCAGCAAUGCACGGCAGUUUUCAGCAGGAUGAAGUUUACUCGACUGUUACUGACUGCCCUGAUUGCUUUCACGAAGAAAGAGAUGAGUGCAGUUAGUGAAGCUCAGAAACUUAUGACCCAAGCCGCAGAUCUUCUACCUGCUAUUCAAAACUCUAUCCACCACGGUAUUCAGGCCCAAAAUGAUACUACAAAAGGAGAUCACCCUAUAAUGAUGGGAUUUGAACCUCUGGUCAAUCAGAGAUUGCUACCUCCAACAUUUCCUCGCUAUGCAAAAAUCAUAAAACGGGAAGAUAUGGUUAACUAUUUUGCUAAACUUAUAGAGAGAAUAAAAAUGGUUUGUGAAGUCGUCAACUUGACAAACCUCCAUAAUAUUUUGGACUUCUUCUGUGAAUUUAGUGAACAGUCGCCUUGUGUUCUUUCAAGAUCUUUGUUGCAGGCAACUUUCUUGGUGGAUAAUAAGAAGGUAUUUGGUACACAUUUGAUGCAGGACAUGAUAAAAGAUGCUCUGAGAUACUUUGUGAGUCCUCCUGUGCUUUCAUCCAAGUGUUGUCUUUAUAAUAAUCAUCAAGCUAAGGAUUACAUCGACUCAUUUGUUACUCACUGUGUACGGCCAUUUUGUAGUUUGAUCCAGAUUCAUGGACACAACAGAGCUCGGCAGAGAGAUAAACUAGGCCACAUUCUGGAGGAAUUUGCCACUCUCCAAGAUGAGGCUGAGAAGGUGGAUGCAGCACUCCAUAGCAUGUUAUUGAAGCAGGAGCCACAAAGGCAACAUCUUGCAUGCUUAGGCACCUGGAUCCUCUACCAUAACCUUCGGAUCAUGAUCCAGUACCUGUUAAGUGGUUUUGAACUGGAACUUUACAGCAUGCAUGAGUACUACUAUGUGUACUGGUACCUUUCAGAAUUCCUGUAUGCUUGGUUGAUAUCAACACUGAGUCGUGCUGAUUCCUCUCAAAUGGCAGAAGAACGGAUUGUAGAAGAACAACAGAAAGGUCGGAGCAGCAAAAAGACAAAGAAAAAGAAGAAAGUUCGACCUCUAAGCAAAGAAAUCACUUUGAGCCAGGCUUAUCAUAAUAUGUGUGCUGGAAUGUAUAAGACAAUGAUAGCCUUUGAUAUGGAUGGAAAAGUGAGAAAGCCAAAAUUUGAGUUGGACAGUGAACAAGUUCGAUAUGAACAUAGAUUUGCUCCUUUCAAUGGUGUUCUUACUCCUCCACCAGUGCAUUACCUACAGUUUAAGGAAAUGUCUGACCUAAACAAAUACACUCCACCUCCUCAAUCUUCUGACCUGUACAUAGCAGCCAGUAAGCACUUCCAGCAGGCCAAGAUGAUACUGGAAAACAUCCCAAGUCCAGACAAUGAGGUAAAAAAAAUUCUAAAGGUUGCAAAACCUAAUAUAGUAGUGAUGAAAUUGCUUGCAGGAGGCCACAAGAAAGAAUCUAAGGUUCCUCCAGAAUUUGAUUUUUCUGUUCACAAAUAUUUUCCAGUGGUUAAGUUAAUCUAACUCCAGUGGGCCUAUGGAUCCCCUUGUUUAAUGAACUGAUUAAGAAAUUGAGAUGUAUUGUUCCAGAUGUGUCUUCAGUGUUCCAGAGUACUAGUAAAGUUUAAAACUCAGAGCCAUGAGGCACAAGUUCUUUGUAUAUGCUGCUGUACUGUGUUAAUACUGUGACCCAAAUAAAAAUAUAACUUUUUAAA